GCUCUGGUUGGGCUGGAUUUGAUAAAUCGCGUGCGUUUCCGAAUGCAAUGCCGGACUAUGGUGUUCUAACCGCUGAAGAUGCCGUCACAGCAGAGGACGACGUGAAGGAGAGGAUUCGUUUGGAGCUGGCGAGACUGCAGAGUCUACUGGAAAAGAAUUAUCAAGCUGUUAGUGUCCUUGCGCCGUCCAGCGUACCGCGGGCAAGCAAGCCAGACUUCAGUAUCUACACUGGAGCAGGAGGAAACGCAUACAUGUACUGGAAGCUAAGUGAGCAUUAUGCUCGUCAUUUCAACAAAAGCGAGUCGAAGCGUUGCCUCCAGCUCGCUGUCGCAGCCAUCGAAACAGCACUCUCCCUCAUCGGUCAGAUGGCAAAGCUACACGUCAACAGUUACAUUGGCGUCUCUUUCUACAUCGGGGAUGCCGGCAUCUAUGCUCUCGCAAGUGUCAUUUACCAUCGAUCUGGUCAUGUCAACAAAUGCCAACAUUGUGUACAACAGCUCCUAUCCGAGUCCAGUAGGGCAUCAAAAGUUGACGAGGAUGAAAUUCUUUACGGAAGAGCAGGAUAUCUGUUUUGUUUGCUUUUCGUUAAAAAACACCUUCCUGCUCAUCUCGUUCCAAUUGAAAAACUCGAAUCGACGGCUACUAGUGUUGCAGAGGUUGUGAUAGAAACUGGUGUCAAGGGGAGCAGAGGUCAAAAACAUCUGAGGUAUUUCUUUUUGGGGUCUGAGUAUCUUGGAGCAGCUCAUGGGUUGUGUGGUAUUAUCUACGUAUUAAUGUAUUUUCCUCAUCUAAUGUCCAAUUCCAGAAUCAACCUACUGAUCAAGGAAUCGUUGGAUUACCUACUAAAUGUCCAACUUCCUUCGGGAAAUUUCCCUGCGGCGGCCGAUGACGAUCCUUCUCGUGCAGAUUGUUUAGUGCAUUGGUGUCAUGGAGCUCCUGGAUUUGUCUCUUUGUUUACAAAGGCAAAUGAAUGCUACGGCGACGUCAAGUACAAAGAAGCUGCUCUGGCAGCUGCUCGGUGUGUGUGGCAUCGUGGCCUAUUACGAAAAGGCAUUCCGCUGUGUCAUGGGAUUUCCGGUAAUGCAUACGCUUUCUUUAAUCUCUACAGAGCAACGAAAGAUUUGGAGCACAAAUAUCGAGCACUCAAGUUCUGUGAGGCGUUGUGUGACCCGGCAGUUCAAAAGCAGCUUACAGAGUAUGACGACAGAUCUAGACAUGUGAAAGGGGUUCCUGACACUCCAUACAGUCUCCUGGAAGGAUACGCCGGUGUCGUUUGUCUGUUCGUUGAUGCUCUCUCUCCCGAACAGUCAGCGUUUCCGGGUUAUGAUGGGGACAUGUAAAGACAAAUCGGACAACUUUCUGUUAAUAAGUAUAUAUGUUGUACUUCUUUCAAGUUUCCAACUUUCUGUAAAUUGUCAUGAUUUCGAGGGUGCAUCUCCUUGUGCUUAAAGUUAUUUAUGUAUUAGUUGGCAGAUCAACAUGGCAUUAUUGACCCAAGGUGGAGGGGCUCAU